UCUUUCCUCCUUUAUCUUCUUCUUCAUCUUCCACAACCUUUCCUUUCCUUUCAUCGCUUCUAUCACCUUUUGACGCCAAUAAAGUCUCCCCAUUUCUACUCUAACAUAAACACCCUGUCACCGCUUUAACUCUCUGUAAUCGCUUCUUGAAUUCUGGGAAGGUUUAAUUUGAGGUUUGUAUGGUGGGAAAGGGAUGGCUGUGGAGUUGAUGACGGGUUACGGGAAUGAUGGAUUUGCAGUGAAGAUGGAGGAGAGCGCCGUGGAGGAGGCGGCCACCGCCGGGCUAAAGAGCGUUCAGAAUCUUAUUAGGUUGCUUUCUCAUUCGCCGGAGUGUGUGGGCCCUGAGACGCCUGCGGCGGAGUACCAGACGGCGGCUAACGCCGCCGUUACGAAGUUCAAGAAGUUUAUUUCGUUGCUGGACCGGACCCGGACCGGGCAUGCCCGGUUCCGGAGAGGCCCGGUUGGGAAGAAAGUAGAUCAGGAACCGGAACCAGAACCGCCGGCGCCGGAGGAAGCAUCGGAAAAGCCGAAAAUAUACUGCCCAACUCCAAUCCAACGGUUGCCGCCGCUUCCCCACCCCCACCACCACCUCGUGAAGAACGGAUCGGCGGCGAAUGAACGGAAAGAAUCGUCGACCACCAUCAGUUUCUCCGCCGUCGCCGCCGCCGCGGCUGCCUCUCCGGCUGGCUCUUUCAUCUCAUCGCUCACGGGGGAUACAGAGAGCCUUCAGCCUUCUCUUUCGUCGGGCUUCCAGAUUACAAACCUCUCGCAAGUCUCCUCCGCCGGCCGGCCGCCGCUCUCCACGUCGUCGCUUAAACGGAAGUGCAAUUCCAUGGAUGACGUCACCCUAAAAUGCGGUAGCGCCGGUGGGUCCGCCUCUAGUCGUUGCCACUGUCCCAAGAAACGGAAAUCAAAGUUGAAACGAGUUGUAAGAGUCCCUGCAAUUAGCUUAAAGAUGGCUGAUAUCCCACCAGAUGAAUACUCAUGGAGAAAAUAUGGUCAAAAGCCCAUCAAGGGUUCCCCUCAUCCAAGGGGGUAUUACAAGUGCAGUAGUGUAAGAGGAUGCCCAGCAAGGAAGCAUGUGGAGAGGGCAUUGGAUGAUCCAACGAUGUUGAUUGUAACCUAUGAAGGGGAGCACCACCAUUCUCAUUCCAUCACAGAUCCACCGGCGGCGAUGAUUCUCGAGUCAUCUUAGCCGUCCGAUCGUCACCCGACCGACCACCAUCUCUCCACGCCCAGGAUCACAACAGAUCAGAUCUCUAAACAAAUCACCACCGUCCACGAUUCAGAUGGAAACACUCUGCGGCCCCACUCAAUAAUUUAGAGAGAGAGAGAGGAGGAGGAGGAGUAUAUAUGUUCUCUUUCAUGAUUGAUUAUUCGCCGUUGAAAGCCUUUUGAUUUUGCGUGGAAUGUUUUAGAAGGAACAUGAGAGAGAGAGAGAGAGAGAGAGAGAGAGAGAGAGAGAGAGAGAGAAUUAUGGAUUUGAAAUUUUAGUUGUGCAAGGAUUAGGUAAUUUUUUGUUGUUUGAAGAAAGUGCUAAUGUUUUUAUACCUUUUAAUUACAUAUUACAAUUGAUGUUUAUAAUUUGCUACAACUUGUUUACAAAAAAUUUGACAUU